AGUAAUAAUAUUUUCUCUGUUUAAAUUACGUGCUUUAUUAUUCACACUUUCACUUUUGUUCUUAGACAUGGCAGCAGCCAGCAGCCAUCUCUCUGAAGAUCAGUUUCUGUGCUCCAUCUGUCUGGAUGUGUUCACUGAUCCAGUCACCAUACCAUGUGGACACAACUUCUGCAAGACCUGCAUCACAGAACACUGGAAUAUUAAUGUCCAAUGCCUGUGUCCCAUGUGUAAUAAACGUUUUCACAGAAGACCUGAGCUAUAUGUCAACACUUUCAUAUCUGAGAUGGCUGCUCAGUUCAGACAGUCCCGUGUAAAGGAAAUCACCAGAAGCUCAGAGCAGCAACGAGCCAAACCAGGAGAUGUUGUCUGUGACGUCUGCACUGAAACCAAACUGAAGGCCCUGAAGUCCUGCCUGGUGUGUCUGGCCUCCUACUGUGAGACUCAUCUGGAGCCUCAUCAGAGAAUCCCAGGCCUGAAGAGACAUAAGCUGAUAGAUCCUGUGAAGAACCUGGAAGGCAGGAUGUGUAAGAAGCAUGAUAGACCUCUGGAGCUGUUUUGUAAAGCUGACCAGAUAUGUGUGUGUCAGUUCUGCACAGAGUCAGAUCACAAGAGACAUCAUAUUGUUUCUUUGAAAGAUGAAUAUGAAGAAAGGAAAGCAAAAUUUAGGAUGACAGAGACUAAAAUUCAGCAGAUGAUUCACGAGAGACAAUUAAAGAUUCAGGAGCUCAAACACUCAGAGGAGCUCAGCGAGAUAGAAACCGAUAGAGAGCUAACAGACAGUGUGCAGGUUUUUUCUAAUAUAACACAGUUUGUCGAAGAAGGUCUGGUUCAGCUCUUUGACUUGUUUGAACAGAAGAGAAAAACAACAGAGAAGCGGGCUAAAGGCUUCAUCAAAGAGGUAGAAAUGGAGAUCUCUGAGCUGAUGAAGAGAAGCUCUGAACUGGCGCAGCUCUCGAGCACAGAGGACCACCUCUACCUCCUCCAAAGCUUCCCAUCUUUGAACACUGUUCCUCCCACCAAGGACUGGACAGAGGUCAGAGUUCACUCAUCGUAUGAGGGGACAGUGAGGAGAGCUGUGGCUAAGCUGGGGAAGACACUCCGUAAAGAGAUGAAGAAACUGCUUGAGGCUGAACUGAAGAGCGUCCAGCAGUAUGCAGUGAAUGUGACUCUCAAUCCAGAAACAGCUUAUCCUAAACUCAUCCUGUCUGGCGAUUGCAAACGAGUAACUCAUGGUGAUGUACGACAGAAUCUUCCAGACAACCCAGAGAGAUUUACCUCGUGUUGUGGUGUGUUAGGAAAUCAAAGUUUCUCUUCAGAAAGAUUUUACUAUGAGGUUAUGGUUAAAGAGAAGACUGACUGGACUUUAGGAGUAGCCAGAGAGUCAGUAAACAGGAAGGGAGAAAUUAAAGUUUGCCCCAGAAAUGGAUACUGGACUGUGUGGUUGAGAAAUGGAAAUGUAUAUCAUGCUAACACCAGCCCUCCUGUCUGUCUCUCACUGAAGUCUAAACCUCAGAAGGUGGGAGUGUUUGUGGAUUAUGAGGAAGGUCUGGUCUCUUUUUAUGAUGUAGAUGCUGCAGAUCUUAUCUUCUCCUUUACUGGCUGUAAAUUCACAGAGAAACUCUAUCCGUACUUCAGUCCAUGUCUCAAUGAUGGUGGUAGAAACUCUGCCCCUCUGAUAAUCUCUCCUGUCAUUAACACGUAUUUGACUAAUGAAUAGAUUUUCUAAAGAACUUACUUGAAUGCUGUAAAUGUAAUAUUCUAUUUCUGCCAAUAGAUCCUGCUUAAUGUUAGACACUGGACUCUUUGAAUAAAUCAAAAGAAGCAGACACGCAGUUGUGUUGACACAGUGUCUCAGGAACGUAUAAAGCACGUGUGCAACAACAUAUUUCUCCAGCAGGCCUGUUCUAGAAUUCAAGGUAGCAUCUUUGAACAUUAGCAGGAAUAGUUUCCAUGUUAGCGACAGGACAUGUAGUUUAGAAGUAGCUUGAUAGCAUUAUAUUUUGGGAUUUGGUUGCUAGUAGAACUUGGUAUUAAUAUGAGCAUUUAUUUGAUAGAAGCCCAUGUAAAAGGAAGGCUGCAGUAUUAGUGAGUGUUUUGCAUAAAUUAACAAUGAGAGGGUGGCUAGACAGCUAAGUGCUGCAGUGUGGCUGGGUCUCUUAAGAUUGGAAACGGGGGGAGAGGGGCUUGCCAUGAUGUUGGAAUAGACUAUUGUGCCUUCCUGAAAUGUCAUAGUCCUAAAUUAACAAAACACAGAUGAAGGCGGGUUCAUACUGUCAAUGGGGUGCCAUCCUCAUUCACCCAGAAAGCAAGAGUCAUGAGGUGGUGAAUGUCUCGAUGGUGAAGACGACGUCCUGUGUCUCACUUGGCGACACCUGACGUUGUUCGAUGUCCUGCUGGAUCCAUAUUAUUCACAUAUAUUUGAUAAUCUUCAUGUAUCAGAUAUUGUGUCAUCAGUAUUUGUAUAUAUAUGAUUUUGUUUGUUUGUGUGUCUAUGCCACAUCUGUUGCAUAUCUGUCUGUCCUGGGAGGAGGGAUCCCUCCUCUGUGACUCUUCCUGAGGUUUCAUUAUCCAUUAAUUAAUUCAAGUCAAGUUCAAUCACAUCUACUCUGAUAACUGCAAUUCUUUUUUACAGAAUAAAUAUAUAAUCAAGAACGAGAAGCACUCGUGGCAACAACUCUGUGAUAAAUUAAAAUGUUUUUUAUUACUGUAUCAGUAUUGUACAUAUAUAUAAUUGCAGUGUUGUCUAGUGUCUAUUAAGUGUUGGAUGGACACAUUUUCUGAAGAGCCUUUUAUGAAUUGGACAAAAUUUUGCAUUGUUUUUACAUUGAAAGAAUGUCAUGUAAUAAAAGUGAAAAGAUUUGGGUGAA